CAUCCCUCGAUAGCGCGCGCGUCAAUAUUACGUCGGCGUGUAUCCGCCCGUCCGUCCAUCCGUCCAUCCGUCCGUCCGUUCGUUCGCGUUGAGUGACGACGGUUGACAUUAGCCGUCGCGCACGAGGCAUCUCUGGUGGCAUCCUCAAAAUUAGUUAAACUAGUGCAUCGAGAGAGUGGCUAACCCAGUUAUAAACGCGAAAAGGGGAAUAUCGAAUAAAUUUACCGCGCAGCCGCAUAUCGGCACUAUCGGCCGCGAAUACUGACGACGCAUACCUACAUGCACGUACCCGCGGCCCUUUCGUCCGUUCGCGCGCACGCGGCGAAGAACUACGAGGAACGCGGGGAAAGGGUGGAGGAUUGUAGAAAGGGUGGCGCGGGGAUGGGUACGCUAGUCUUUGAAAUCGGUCCACUUGCCUCCGUGUGGCGUCCGCCGCGGCACACAAUGCGAGGGUGGCGGUGGCGCGAGUGGAGAACAGCCUUCGCGCCAGGCGGAUUUUCCGCUCGGUGACGCUCGUCAAAGGAUCUAUUUAAAGGAUCGGUCGCGAUUUUUGAACUCUCGUGCUUCCUUUGUAGCCACGCCGCGGAUUACGCUUGUAUUCGGGAUCGUCGUAUUCGCGUAUUACACUCGAGUUGUUCUAUUGCGGAUGUCUGCCGCCUUGCGAAAUCGGUCUGUGAGCCAAGGACGAUGUGCAUUAUUGCCAAGUAAACGUAACGUAGGACAGGUGAAGUUAUUCGUCGAGUUAUUCGAUAGUCUUGAUGCAACAGGCUAUACAUACUGUAGUCCUAAAAAUCAACAAGAUAACACGGAAUCUGAUGCGGCUAAAGGGAACAUCGUGUGAGCGCACAUGUGGACGAGGAUAAAUCACCUUAGCGAGAGGGAUGUCUGAGAGCGACGGAGAGCAUGCAGCUCGCUCGGUGGCCUUAGAGCAAGCCUACGUUCACGAAGUAUACGAACAAUGUGCCGAGAAGACCACACAAAGUAAACACUGGCCACGAGUAUAUCAGUUUCUUCAGGAACUUGAACCGGGUGCUCUCGUCUGCGACAUCGGUUGCGGCAACGGCAAAUAUCUCAGCGUAAAUCACAGCGUCUUUAAGAUAGGGGUGGACCGAUGCAAGCGCUUCACGGACAUCGCGCGCGAGAAGGAAAACGAGGUUCUGAUCUGCGAUAAUUUGGCUCUACCAUUUCGAGAAGAGAGCUUCGAUGCAGUGCUGUCGAUCGCAGUGGUGCACCACUUUGCCACCACGGAAAGGAGGGUACACGCGUUGAAGGAGUUGGCGCGGAUUCUCAGGAUCGGAGGUCGACUCGUUAUAUCCGUUUGGGCUAUGGAACAAAAGCAUAGAAAAUUCGAAUCGCAAGAUGUUUUAAUACCUUGGCCCAAAUCAUAUUGCAUGAGCGCGGCAUCGGAUGGAACAAAGCACUCGGGUGUAUCAGACGGUAACGAAAAGCGAGAUGAUGACACCACUCAGAAAUAUCCAUCAUCCUCCAAAAGAAAUAGCCAACAAAAAUGUAAAAGCAAGAGUUAUUGGAUCGAUCCGAUAUUUAGUUUGUCACCAUCCACUAGCAGUCUUUCUAGCCCGAAUGAGACAUGCUACAGUUGUUUUCGGCGAGCGUUACAGAAGUUAGCGAGAAGUAGACGCGGAGGCGGCAGUCGUGCAUGGUUCCCCGGAAGCUGGCAAAGCGGCACCAAGAGCCGACGGCACUACGAUCCCGAUGAGAUGACCGAUGUGGACGAGCUGCCAAUCGAAUUGCGUCGCGUAGAAACUACGCAUACGCUAACGAUGAUGAACAAGCGCUCCACGGAUACGUUAAACAUAAAGUCCAAGAGCCUAGGUGACAUUUUAGAAAUCGAACGACUCGAUUUAGUGCGCUCCCGAUCUAGCAUUCCGGGUUUUUGCUCCACGUCGGAACUGAUCCUAGAUGAGCGAUCGGUCUCGUCAUCGUCGAGCGGCUCGAAACCGCGAUUAGUGAAACAGAAAUCGUGUGUGGAGGAGACCGGUUUGGAGAAUUCCGAAGACACUGCCAUUGAAAAUCUAAUCAAGGACUUUCCGGACUUCUCCUGCCAACCGUUGCGCAAGCGUAAUGUACCAUUGAAGCAGAACUCGAUGAACGAGGAACUGAUGUCGGCGGAACGACUGGAGGAGAAAGAGCGAGUACGCCGGAAUAUCAUGAAGCAGGCGUCACUAAAUGAGGAGCUAAUCUGUAAGUGGCGAACGUUUGAGGCAUUCAAGGAAUCGAUCAGCCCAGUAAGCGCCAGCCGGCGCUUUCAAUUGCUGAAGAACGGACUCACCAGCAAAAUAAAACGUUCCACCACGAACAUUGAAAAGGUCUCCAGUAUAUCCAUCAAAAACGGCUUCGUCCGGAUGUUACAAGGUUGGAAAUCCUGCGAGAAUGAAUCGGUGUCUACCGCGACAGCGGAAGUAACGACAAAGCCUAAGCCGGCGGACAAUAAGGUGCAAUCAGUUGCAUUGGUGAAACGUAGCAUUGAGGUCGUUGAACGUCGUCUUUCACGCGAGGACGGUUCGGACUCAUCCAAAGACAGCAGUCUACAGAGUGACACUAGCGUCGAUUCUGAAGAUAGUUUUGCAUCGGUGAUUUUUGUGCCGAAGCAAGAUAUCGCUGUCCCAGCACCCCCAGCAUCCUCGUCGGUCAAUGAAAUAACUUCCGCGCCGCGACCGGCAGCGUUGCAACUCGGCACGACAUCGGCACCACCAUCGCCGCGUGUCAAGCAACCACCGGACAGUAGUCAGUCCUCCAGAUUCAAACUAAUCGAUAUGUCAUCUUUGUUGAAGCAGCAAUCGCCUAUCACAAAUACAGAUACGAAUACAAAUACGAAUGCGCAUCUCAGCGACGCAAUCAAGCCCAGUGCACCGACUGUCAUCUGCAAGGAAACGUCCGAUAAGAUUUUGCAGGCGCCAAGAGAACUCCAUCUGAUGUCAGAACCAGCGGAGCCUGACGUAGAACAAGACACCGCACCGCUGAUACGUGCCUUCAACGACGUCAAGAUGGCUAGUCGCGAGCCGAUUAUAAAUGAGGAUGAUAGUCGAAAGGCUAGGUUGAAUCAAAUCAAGGAGCUGCUCAUAGCGAAGCCGGGUUUUGCGACUCGUGCUAGACCGUCGUUUCCGUUGGUCAGACGCGCUUCCACGGCGGCUUCGGGUCGUUUGGAGACCGUCACAAGGAUUUUGCCCCGUUUACUAUCUUUGGAAUUGUUCAAUCCAGAGACAGAUGAUCUAGAUAGCGAUUCCAGCGGCGUCUCGUCGCCGGAAUCGAUCGGCUCGGUGAUCAGCGUCACAUCAGAUGAAAGAUAUAUCGCGAGAAAGGAAGCUGAAGAAAAGAAGAACAAUGCACAGACGAAUGAAGAAGUUUCCAAGUCAAACGGAGACGACGUAUCGAAGAAUACGAAAGAACCAGAAACUACACAUGACGACGAAUCAUUGGGUAUGGAAACCACAGCGUCACUCGAGGAGUCUCAUACAUCUCUAGAUCCCCCGCCCGACGAUUCGCCCGCGGAUUUCGAUGAUGACAUGGUGUUUGCAGAAACCGACAUGAUGCACGAUUCUAUCCAAAAUAAUUUACGAGCUGAUACAAUCCGCUCCGCGUCACGCAUACUGCUGGAAAGCGGAAAAUCCAUCUCCUCGCAAUCUAUGAAGCUUCUUGAGGCCGCUGCUAACGUGGCGAGUUCGCUGGAGAAUGCUGUAGAAACGGCGAUUCAACGCAACACUCAAGUAGAACAAUUCUCACAAUUGUCGCAGGUUGCGCAACAACGGAAUAACAACGGUGUCUGGUCGCAAUCGAGCGUGCGAACGCGAGCAUACUUAAAGCAAGAUCGUAAAUCCGCUUCGGUGGAUUUGGGUGGUUAUGCCGACGAAUCGAGUAGCGAUCUCAUGCGAGAUAUCAGUCGGUACUGCCAGAACUCGUCGUUCGAUCUCUUGUGCCAGACGUCGAAAACUUCGUCAUCGUCGUUGGACAAUAAGUUGAACGCGGAAUCGGAUGCCACGGCCUGGGAUGGAUGCAAUCAAGUGCCCAAGGAGACUUCAUGGAUCGUAAACAAAGCGUACGAUAGAAGUGGAUACGACAAAUUUGCCAAUGUGAUCCAAUCCAAAUUGACACCAAAAUCCAAAUCUCUCUGUGAGGACCAUGCCGUCGUAUUUGAAUCCGAAUUCGACCAUAAAUUUAAAUGCGAUUCCAAAUAUAAAGUUAAGUUGGAAGCCAAGCCCGAAACUAGAUUUAAAUCCAAAUAUGACGAACCGUUCAAAUUCGAUCUCGCAUCCGAAGAGAAUUCAAAAAUUAAAUUUGAUCUCGUAUCAACAGUUAAUCCUGUAUCCAAUAGUAAUUUCACAGGCGAUAACAAAAAACCAUUUAUUAAUCCUAAAGAUCUAGAGCUUAAUUCUGAAAGCACAUUUAACUUUCAAUCUGGAGCGGGACCUAAACGGUCCAAUGUCGACCAAGAGCGAUAUGGCUCCGCUAACACUUCGCCGCUGUUGCGCAGCAAUUCGGACGAUAUGUUGGACUUUGUGAUGGUGUCGAAGACAGGUGAAUUCGAGUGCGAGGACGCAACGGAGGACUCGAGGACGGCUGAGAAGUGGCGUUCUUCCCAGGGCGGGCUAUCGAUAGACUCGAGCGAUGUGGGUGACUCCAUAAUGGAGAACACUACGAGCCUGAGCGACGGUAGCCAAGCGGAAUCGACGACAAGAUUAUUCACCGGCAGCACAGUAUCGUUAGUGUCGAAUCCGAAUAAUGUGGAGAAUAACCGUCGAUGUUCGAUGGAACGACGAAGAUUGCAAGAACGCGGUCGAUCUUUGGACGAGAUGUCAAGCGAGACGAAAAGACGAGACGCCGCGAAUUAUCUGGGCAGCACAAACAGGAUCACCGACUCCAUUAGCAAUGCCUCGUCUCGGGAGUCAUUAUCCUCGGACCGCGGCGGCGGUUCGAUCACUUAUCAUCAGUACUACCACGUCUUUCGUGAAGGCGAGCUAGAUCAGCUGAUCAACAAGUAUGUCGAAAAUCUGCAUAUCAUCUCGUCGUACUACGAUCAUGCCAGUUGGUGCGUUGUCGCGGAGAAAGUGCAGGUUUGGACUAUAUGACUUCGGAUACGGAUCAUCAAAUGAAGGACCAGCGGCUGCCGCGACUCGCAAAGUUGUACCGGGUGUCUCGAUAGGAGAUGUCAACCAGAAGGGAUCAACUAGGUUCAACCUUAUGAAAAUUUACACUCGCUUAGUUUCACUUCUUUCAGUUAUAAAAAUAAUUUCUGAUCUCCAAAACAAAAAGAAAAAAAAAAAGACAAAAAAACGGGGAUCGCAGAGACUUUAGGAAACUGGAUAUAUAAUUCUUGAAUUAUUUAUUUUCAUGAUUCACAUCUUUUAGCCUUUAUAUUACAGAGACGGAUUGGGGAGAACUCUUACUUUUGAGACAAAAGUACUAAUCCCUCUUUUUGGGACACACAGUACACUCCGAUGGAUGGCCCAAUUAUUACGGUUAAUCGUUAAAAAUCUCGCUUCGAGUACCAGAUGAAUGAAUAAAUCCGUGGAUCUAAGUGUCCAAGAAUCUCAAAAAUUUAGGGGUCCAAGAAUCCAAGGAUUUGAAGGCUCAAGAAUUUCAUAAUAAUAUCAAUAUCCAAGAUCUAAAAUAAUUCACGAGUUGACUUUCUAAUGAUCUGUUCUUGAAAACUGCAAUGAUCUAUAUCGCUAUUGAAAUAUCGCUUUACGCUCGUUAAACAUUCCUUACAUGUUUGUCUCAUCGUGAAGAGAUUUCUCUGUCCGUGACGUCGCUGAAGUAAUGCACGACCCAAUAAUAUAGCUUUGAACUAUCGAAAACGAUGAAUGAUAUAAGUAACGAACCAACAAUUUAAAAAAAUAUCAUGAAAUAUCCAAAGAUAAGGGAACAUUUUGAUAAUAUAAAUGGCCAUAAUAUCUCUCUUAAUUAAUUCUUAUUUUUAAUUGCUAACAAUCUUUCAUUUUUCAUGUUUGAUUUGUUUAAUUUUAUUUUUGCUUCAGUGACGUUUAGGACUGUUUAUCUCAUUUUGGAUUUGCACAUUUCGGAACAACGAUUGCAGAAAACACAACUCUUCGAGAUAUGCUGAGAAGAGAAAGAUAAGAGAAGGUAAAUAAUAAAGAGAAAGAGAAAGAGAGAAAAAGUACUAUUCGCUCAAGAUAUUUGUAUUCUCGAAGGGUGGUGCGAUCUGAAUAUACAUGCGUUUAGUAAAAUUCAGAAACGGCAACUGGCUCCCGGCUAUGGAGCGUAUUUUCUAUAGCUUCUCGAGGAACGGACAAUAUUCGAACGCUUGAACGUAGAUAUACCUCAAUAAUACGCGAACAUUCCACUUCCAAAAAUAUAUAUAUUUACAUAUACACAAAAACACACAGGUAUUAGGAUGUCCCUUAAUUGUGCUUUGUUCAGUGAUUUGUAUGUUUAAGAUUAACAUUAAACUGUCGUCAACAUACAUAAAUAAUUAAAGGAAUACAGAAUAAUGUCUCAAAUUUAUGUCACAUAACAGAAAGAAAAAGCUAAAAGAGAGUACACAUACAUAUUUGUUAUAUGAUUGGUAGGCAAGUAAAAGACAUCCUAAUACAUAUAUAAACACACAACAUAUUUACAUAUAAUACAUAUAUAUUAGGAUAUAAGAAUUCAAGGAUCCAAUAAUCUGAAUAUUGAAUGCUUAUAUUCUUGGAUUCUUCGCCCAAAGAGAAACUUACUUUUAAUUUUUUAGAUUCUUAAAUUUUUACGUAGAAUAUUUUUUGGUAGUAUUAUUGACCUGAAAUGAAAUUCUUAAUUUUCUAUUCGCGAUCGUAUUUUAAUCUUUAAAUCCUCGAACGUUUAAUCCUCACGCAAAAUCUUUAGAACUAUAUAAUUUUUUUAAAUCCUAAAAUAUAUACACAAGAUCACAAAAAAUGCUGUUAUAUAUUUAAAGAUUUUUAAGCAUUUAUACAAUAAAAUAUUCAGCAAUUGAAGAUCCAAGGAUCGAAGCAUCCGUGUCUACAAUACGUAUAUUCACACAUCACAUAGAGAAGGACAUCAAUGUAAUCUAAGCUUCGUUAUUUUUAUGAUCUCAAUUAAUUAUUCGUGAACGUAGUAGUGGACGAAGUUUUUAUUGCAACCCUUUAACCGGUAAAUCGAAUACAAUCUUCUUGCGUCAGAGGCAAAUACCUCCAACAAAAUUACUAGUAAUGACGUAAGAUAUCAAAAUCCGUAGCAAAAAUUGAACGGAACUGUAGGAUGUCCAUAAAUUCCCACAUACGUAAUAGAGAGAGGUGCAAUUUAAGGAUAUUCUAUAUAUCAAGAGAAAAAAGAGAGAGGAAGUGUGUGUGUGUGUGUGUGUGUGUGUGUGUACGUGUGUAUACGUAUGUGUGUUUUAACAGGUAUUUGUAUUCAUUAAAAUCAAGGUUCUCGAAACGUCGAAGAUAAUAAGCGAAGUGUUAUUUUAAGGAUUUUAAUAGGACAAGAAUUCUUAUCUUUCUUGAUUUUUUAUGCACAAUAUGCGAUAGUACAUGUUAAUGAAAAUAAAAGAAACAACGAGCAGCGUAAAAAGAGCUUGGGACUACUGGUUAAAGGAUAUUUCGAUAGAUCGGUCGAGAGGAACAAAUUGUUAUUCCGUUUUCGGAGAUGUUCGAUUAAUUAAACACGUUUAAUUAAAUAGAUAGUCGAUGAUGUUCUUUUUAAUUUAUGGAAUUUUGAUCCGAUUCAAGAAAGAACGCGAAAAAAUGUAAGUGCGUGCGUGCGUGCGUGUAACAUGUAUGCGUGACAGAGAGAAAAGGAGAAGGAUAGACCAACGCGGAAAAUGCAAUCUCGAAACAGGUGUAAAUAUGUAAAAUAAAGUGUUCCUGACGUAAACGCACAGAAAAUCGUCAGAAAAUAGUUGACAAACGG